GACAAUGUUUAUAAUCUGACUCAUUUGACAUUUGAUACGGUGGCGGCCGCUACACUGCAAGAUUUCUCGAAGAUAAAUCCUUAUUUGUGUUUACUUAACUCUGUGUUUUGAAGAUCUUCGGAAGUUUUUAUAAAGUGAUUUGUUUCGAUUAGAGUGGUAUGAAAUUUGGAAGAUGUGCACCUUAGAGCAGUUGGCAGUGCAACUAUACGACGCGGGCGCAGUACGUUUGGGAGACAUUGAAGCUAAACUGGGUCGCAGGACGCCUGUCUACUUCGACCUGAGGGUCGUGGUGUCGCACCCUAGAAUUAUGUUAGCGGUGGUGAAACAUUUACAGAAGUUGGCUUCCAAAAUACACCACGACAUUUUGUGUGGGGUGCCGUAUGCCGCCAUGCCGUUCGCAGCAGUCAUGUCAGUCAACACCAACACUCCCAUGCUUAUGAAAAGAAAGGAAACAAAAUUGUACGCCACUAAAAAAAUACUCGAAGGAGUAUUUCAGAAAAAUCAAAAAUGUCUUAUUAUAGAAGACGUAGUGACAUCUGGCGGCAGUGUAUUGGAAACUGUUGAUGCUUUACGUGCGGAAAAUUUAGUUGUAACACACGCCCUCGUAGUUCUCGAUAGAGAACAAGGUGGCGCUAGUAUACUAAAAGCAAAUGGCGUGGAACUUAAAGCUUUGUUCACAAUGACUAAUUUAAUAAAAAUAUUAAGAGAUGCCGGUAGGAUAAACGAUGAUACUGUUGAUAUUAUUUCAGAUCACAUAAAAGUAUGCCAGUUUGGAAUUAAUGAUAGUGUAGGUUAGAAUUUUAUAUUUCUUCAUCUUAUUCAUGUACACGUUAUGGGGACACUUAAUCUCUUUUGUUUCUUAAUCAUGAUUUUCGAAAUAUCUAUUAAUCAAAUUUAAUAUUUUGCUACUGAAAUACGUGGAAUAUUUUUGUCUAUUAAACUUCCUUACUGAAUGUAAUAACUGAUAUCGACUGAUAGGAAAGGUAAAUUUACGUUCAACUUUUAGUAUUAUAAUUUUUUUAGGUUUUUUAUAAAACUAAGCUUUAAGAUUUUUUUGUGAUCUCUGUAAACUCGUGUCUACCAUGAGGAUCGAGUGUACCCUGUCACCGCUAUUUCUGUAAAGUAUUUUGUGUGUUAGUUUUUUUAUUUUUGGUAUUUUUAGGGAUAGGGAUGAUGGAAGAUUAAAAAGUUUCAAUGA